CGAGCAGCAAAGUCGACCUCCAGGACGCAGAACCGUGCCAUCGUGAAGACCGCGGCCGCAAGCCCACGGGCCGAGAUGAUGGCGAUGAUGAGGAUCACGGCGGCGGUGGUGGCGGCGGUGGUGGCGAUGUUGAGCAGACGUGGCCACGGAGCGUCUCAGCUCAAUGAAGUGGACCUCCUGAACACGAUGUCGGGACACAAAGACCAAGGGUGGACAACCUACCCCGACAAUGGAUGGGAGGAGAUCAGCGAGAUCGACGAGCACAACCGCCCGCUGCGCACCUUCCAGGUGUGCAACGUGAUGUCGCCCCCGGGGCAGAGCAACUGGCUGCGCUCCCCGGCGGUGCCGCGGGGCCCGGCGCGCCGCCUGCUGCUCGAGCUGCGCUUCACGCUGCGCGACUGCGGCAGCAUCCCCGGCGUGCCCGGCACCUGCAAGGAGACCUUCAACCUCUACUUCGGGGAGGAGGGGGGCGCGGGCGGCGCCGGGGGCGGCGGGGAGACGCCGCUCAGCGAGGACGGCCUCGUCAAGAUCGACACCAUCGCCGCCGAUGAGAGCUUCACGCAGGUGGACGUGGGCGAGCGGGUGCUGAAGCUGAACACCGAGGUGCGGGAGCUGGGCCCGCUGUCGGGGCCGCGCGUCCUGGUGGCCCUGCAGGACGUGGGGGCCUGCGUGGCCCUCCUGUCGCUGCGCCUCUUCUACAAGCGCUGCCCGGCGACGCGGCGCGGCCUCACGCGCUUCCCGCAGACGGUGGCGGGGGCCGACGCCUCGUCGCUCGUGGAGGUGCAGGGGCAGUGCGCCCCCAACGCGGGACCCCUGCCGCAAGGGGCCCCCCAGAACCUCCGAGCGGCGCUCCGUCCGGCCCCCCUCUCGAACGCGCCGAGGCCCGAGAGCCUGCCCCCCUCCUCCGCCUCCUCGCCGGGGGGAGGGGAGACAAAGGCGGCCGUGACGGGGGGCGCGCCGGCGCCUCUGCCCCCGCCGCCGCGGAUGUUUUGCAGCGCCGACGGCGAGUGGCUGGUGCCGAUCGGCAGCUGCGGGUGCCGGCGAGGUGGCUGA